AUGCUGGUGGGGCUCCUUUUCCUCGCUUGCGCGUGCUUUUCACGGGAAGCGUGGCCUAAGCCUAUGCAAGUGAUCAAUACGUCCUUUGAUAACUCGCCUUUUGUGAGCUUGUUUGCAGCCCAGACCGCAAAACAUGCUAAGACAAUACGAGAGGUCCUGGAUCGUAUAAGGUCCCAAUAUCUCAAUGUUGCUGACAUAAUUGAGUUUGAGACGUACGUUAAUAAUGCGUACAGCUCCGAUUUGGCAGCAGAGUUUGUCCGCGCGGUGCCGGACACUAAGUACACAGACUUUCUCCUCUAUAACAGCUUCUUUGAGGUGGCGUCAAACUCCAUGGUAGCCCUCAUGUCCGGGGUGUCUCCGGUUGGGACCUAUAUGGGCUACUCGCAAACGAUAGAUAAUAAGAUAUCCUACGCUGACGAGCUCUAUAAGUACCUGCAAGAGUUGACCUACGAGGUUAACUAUAUGGAUGGCGAGUAUUCUGCGGUCGCCGUCACGUUUGCUGGCUCCUUUGGGUAUUCGAUCACACGCUCUGACUAUGCGGAGCUGAUCAUAUCUCGAGUUUUCGACAACGGCGGCAAGAAGCCCUUCCCUGCGAUCCAGGACGACAACCAUUUUUCAUUCCUUGUGACUGAGUUGGCCAAGAAACUCGCAGAUGGAUAUGAGCUGCCUUCACAGCUUUUCCAGUCGUUUAUCUAUGAAAUCUACGAAACGAAGAGUCUCCCCACGCCUACAGCGUCUGACUAUUUUAUUAGGAGCGGAAGCAGGAACUACCCUUAUUCCUAUCUCAUUGCAUUUGCCAACUUUGCAGAAUAUAUGGGACAGAUUCUUACCACAGAUAGUGUUGGGUAUUCGCGCACGCUGGACCCAAGCACAGACGAUGGGUGGCGCAUUGUGCAGUCUCCAGAGCGUUACAAUAUGGAGAAGCCAAUGAAAUCCGAUUUCCGCAUCAUUCAGAUUGAGCGCGCUCUGGACUCUAAUGUUAAGGAUAGUCGUACCCUAGACUCAUUCAGCAACAUGCUCCGAACGUAUCCGUUCCGACAGUCGACGACCGUUUACAUCACCACGUUUAGUGGCACUGAGGAGGUGUCUAAUCUGCAGAAGUGCACAAACAUCAUGGAUGCUGCUAAAUCCAUAGUCGCUUGCGCUGAUCCUCCUCCCCCAACCAACUGGCUAAGCGUAGUACUAAGCUUGGCUCUCAUUGUGGUCAUCAUUGUCGGUUGGGUCUUUGGGAUUAAGAAUGCGAAGAAAUAUGAGCAAGGCCUAUACGAAAACGCUAGAGACACCAAGAGCCCCAAGGCAAAGAGGGGGAUUGAGAAGUCCUCCACAGACCAAGUUUCCCGGGAGAAUGCGCCGCUGAAAGACUCAGGGAGCAACGAUGAGAUUGUAGUGUGA